UCGGACAUUGUAUUGACAUUUGUUUGUCUGUAAGCGCACGGUGUGGAUAUGUUCACUUAAAAAGCCAUAAAUCUUAUAAAGACCAGAAUCAUUUAGCGCCAUUGUUUGAUUUACCCCGCUUAUGAUAUACUGUAACUCUUUUUAACAACGGGUAAACAGUUAAGUUUUAAAAUCCUAACAUUUAAGCCGUUUUAAUGUGCUGGCAAUAAAGAGCAUUAGGACUUAGGUGGACCUUUUAAUUCCGCGUCAGUUUAUAAAUCUUUGGUUUCGGAAAUGUGAUCUUUUACUUACCAGAUUUUUUUUUUAAAUUACUAUGUCGGAUCGUUAAAACUCGUGGGUAAAAUUACAAACGCAACCAUUUUAAUUAUCGGGGUAGAAAUGGUCAUAAAAUUCCCCGACAUAUCAAGAGACAGAUCUCGGCUAUUUCUAGAGACCCGGCGGGGCAGACAGCGCCCGCGGACGGAGGAGACUUUGGUUAUCCCAGGAAUAUUUAGACCACCAAGUGUUCAAGUAGAAAUUAGGAAAUUUAAUCUCUAUGGCAACCUUAGGAAAUCGAACACGGAAAUCCAUAACACGCUACCUUCUCCAGAACUAAUAGAAAGAGAAGUCCGAUAUAUAGCAUUUGAAGAUGAAAGGAGAAACAAAGCUCAACAAGUGGGAUAUAAAGAUUUUUACAGAUUUUUAACACCAACCCUUAAACACAGACCACCACCUAACAUGAGCCAUUCUGAGAAGAUGGAAUCCACCAAUCAUUUAAACCCUAAAAGUGCUUGACUGUAAAAUUUAGAGAGUUUACUGUUUUAUUCUAGUCAUUUACAGACACAGGUCAACAUUUUUGUUCACACACCAUUAAGAAUGGCUUUUUGUUUGUUAUUUUGUGUUAAGUUUUUGUGGAAAUGCAUGCAUCCUAUUGUGAUCUCAGUCAUAUUCUUACUUAACUUGACAACACUAAUAAUUAGUGAUAUACAUCCCAUUUAAUGGGGUAUGACUGAAAUAAAAUUAACAAGGCACCUAGUCCUAACCACUAUCAAUUCAUCUUACUGUCAAAAAAUAUCUCUUAGAAUACGUGGAAAAACAAUACUUUUUUCAGUUACCUGAUAAAUGACUGAAGA